AUGAUCGACAUCCGUGGUGAUAAAAAAUCCAAUAAGCGUGACGAUGACGAUCUCCAGAAUUUCCUUACGACAUACGUAAAUUGGUUGAAAUCUUCGGACGCUUGUAUACAUCUUUUCUUAGCAUACCUCCGCGAACGUGCAUGCUCCUCAACAUUACCACCACGUCUAGACAUCUUGUUGGACGGUUAUGUAAAUUUUCGCAAACGGGCUUGCGAAUCGGUCUCCGUUUUUCACCAUCCACUCGCGGACAUCACGGUUGCUGAUGUUGGAAUGAUAGUUCGGCCGGAUAAGACGAACUAUUUGGAAUCCGCAGCGAUCGUAGAACCUCGGCAAAGUAAUCUUGGCGGUAAGAUGGAUCGAAAUGAUGACACCAGCGAUGGUGAAACCAACAGCAAUAAGAACUCGCCGACCAUCUCAGAGACGUGUCCCGAAACAAUUGAAUCGUUGAACACACUGAAACGAUGCACGAGUUUCGGUAGUCGCACAAGCGCAGAUGCAACUGUCGAUGAUCCACGCACGGCUGCUCAGAAAUUUGGUGAAUUAAUGACGCAACAUGAAGGGGCUGGUGUCAUAUCGGAGGAAUUGUUGGGGUUAUUAUUUGAAUACGAUGACCGACGAUCAGAUCGCGACUCGAAAAAUGUUGGGAGCACCGGGAAAGUUAGUGGUCAAAAUUCUCGGGUAGAAUUGAUAAGUGAAAUUGCGAAUGACAAUGACCGAACCUUCGAUCCCGAGGAGGUGGAUAUGGAUGCGCGGUAUAGCGGCGGUUUGUUAAUCGACUUGAUCGAAGAGGGUAAUAUGUUAGAGAGAAAUGAUUCGGGAUGUUCUAUGAGGGCCACGGUGAGUUGGGGCGAGUUUGAAAAACUCGGAUUCUGGAAUUUGGUGGAUAAUAAAUCGAACGAGAGCUUUUCGCUCACUAUAAAACCCGUCUCCGAUUAUGAUGAGCCAUGUGCUAAUGAAAGCAAUGAGCGUCCAGACGGACGACCGAAAACUCGUGAAGUUAUCAAACCGACGACUGUCCAUAGGAAGAAAUUCCGUUUCCUGUGCAUUAAACGACGCCUUCACUCUGGAAAUUCAAAAUCUUCCGUGUCGGAAAAUGUCAAUCAUAGUUUUAUUGCUGACAAAGAAGAUUGGGAAGAUUGGUAUGUCAUAGAUCAGUUCCCUUAUGCCCUGGUGGAACUAGGCGGCGGAGAAACGGGACCAUUAAACGAGUGGGUGUUAGUAGAGCCGAGGAAAGAGCCGACGAACGAUUGUGAAUGGGUUGUCAGCGAAAAGGAAAAACGAGAGAGAGGAAGUUUCCAUAUACCAUGGAUAAAAUCGAAUCGUCUUAGUAACGGAAAUAAUAACAAGGAGAAAGUGAAGUUACUCGUCAUACAUAACAAGGAUGACAUGGUCAACGGGGUGUCGAUAACGCCAACCAAGUACCACCAUCAACAGCAACGAAACCAAUUUGGCAAAUAUCUGGGUCACCAACAGCAACAGUUUGAUACGACCGAAAAGUACAUUACCACCGAAAUUACUGCCACGCAAACCUCCUACUUGGUGACCACUCUAUCACACCCCUCUGAAAUGCAAAGCGGGAGUGCUCACAUAACGGAGCAUGACGAUGAGAUAGCCGAGGAGGCUACGAUGGAUAGUGGCAGCGAAUAUGAUGUCGACAGUCAAACAAAUGAUCUCCGAACCGAUGAUGAUUACCAACCCGACGAAAUAUAUAGUAGCUACAUCAAUGACAACUAUUCUGUUUCCGGGAGUUUCUGUGGGGAGAAAAAUACUGAAGAAGAACCUCCCAUGACGGACGAAUAUCCAGAGACAAUUGCUCAAGAUCUUCCUUGGCCACCAACAAAUUAUCCGCCGCCUCCUCAAGACUAUUCUAAAUAUUACAAAUCGUCGAAACAACAUGAUUCAUCGUAUGUUUUAAGCGCCUCUUUAAAUCAUUUAAGUCGGUAUAGCCUUUCAUCACAAACCAGUAAUGGCGGUACAAGUUAUCCACUGAUCGAAUACGAUGGUUAUGGUAACGACGAUCAACGAAUGUCAUACACUACUGAUACUCCGGAUGGCGUCGAUCAACAAAGUUCAUCUCACGAUGGUGAUGAUGAUGAGAACUCAUGGGCCCUAGAUUCCUCCUACGUGACGGAAAGUCGUCGUGUCCUGUCUCCUCAAGUACCACCGGAACCCUUAUUCUACGCGCGAUAUCGUAACUAUUAUAUGCCCACCGAUGAUCAAACCAGUUAUCCGAGGCCAAUGAUCGUAAAUCAUCCUUACAGGCCUCCUACGGAAAAUAAGGAGAAGGGGAAAGGGAAUCUCAUCAGGAAGCUAAGUAGAAAAAAGUAG